AUGCAGGGCCAACAACAGACGCCCUUUCUCCCCAGCAUCCCGCUCGCGCAUGGCUAUCUGACAGCCUCGAAGCACCAUCAGCAGCCAUUAUGCGGUAAUAGCGAGGGCUGGGGCCCAAUCAGCCCCAUAAGAUACGACUUCACACCAUGCUUCUUGGACGUGUGGAUAGCAGUCGUCGGAGCGUUUGGAAUCGUGGGAGGAGCAGGCGCGUUGUGGUACCUGUACAGCAAGUGCCCACCGCAGCCUGUAAAGCGCAACUGGCACUUUUACGCGAAGCUGAUAUCUCUCGGAGCACUCAUUGCCACUACGGCCGUACAAGCAGCGCUCCAAAUCGAAUACUACAAAGACGUAUGGGCCGGCGACUUCCGUUUUUGGACAUCGAUAAUUACCAUCGUUUCACUCGGCGUCAUCUUCUACAUCCAAUAUAUCGAACACUGGCGGUCGCGGAAUGCCAACGGCGUGGCCCUCUUCUACUGGCUCUUCCUACUCAUCGCAUACGCCGUUAAACUUCGGUCGCUCGUCUCCCAGCAGGUACAUCGCGAGCAUGUGGCAUACUUCGCAGUCUUCUGCGCUAGUGUUGGAUUGGCUGCGCUCUCCUUCAUCCUGGAAUGGCUGGUCCCAAAGCGCAUGAGCGACUACGACAUGCUUGGGGAUGAUGAUGAAUGUCCAUACGAGUAUGCAGACGUCUUCUCAGUCUUGACAUUCGGCUGGAUGACACCUCUGAUGAAGCAAGGAUAUAAGACUUUCCUUACCCAGGACGAUCUGUGGAAUCUGCGAAAGCGCGACACGACCCGACACACCUCGCAGACAUUCGAGGAUGCUUGGCAAUAUGAGAUGGAAAAGAAGCACCCUUCACUGUGGCUGGCGAUGUUCCGUUCAUUCGGCGGCCCUUACUUCCGUGGCGCCGCCAUCAAGACUAUAAGCGAUGUCCUGAACUUUGCUCAACCUCAGUUGCUCAGACUCCUCAUCACCUUCGUCGACUCGUAUCGCGCUAACUACCCCGGAGAGCCCCAGCCUCUCAUUCGUGGCGCGGCUAUCGCACUUGCCAUGUUCGUCGUGUCCGUUUCUCAGACUGCCUGCCUCCACCAGUACUUCCAGCGUUCUUUCGAGACUGGCAUGCGCAUCAAGUCGUCGCUUACAGCUGCCAUCUACUCCAAGUCUACUCGUCUAUCCAACGAGGGCCGCGCAUCCAAGUCAACUGGUGAUAUCGUCAACUACAUGGCCGUGGACACACAACGUCUCCAGGAUCUUGCACAAUAUGGUCAACAGCUGUGGUCUGCCCCUUUCCAAAUCAUUCUGUGCAUGCUUUCACUUUACCAACUGCUCGGUGUUAGUUGUUUUGCAGGAGUUGCCGCCAUGUUCGUCAUGAUUCCCAUCAAUGGUGUCAUCGCACGAUGGAUGAAGACAUUGCAGAAGGAGCAAAUGAAGAACAAGGAUUCGCGUACCAAACUAAUCUCCGAGAUUCUCAACAACAUGAAGUCGAUCAAGCUCUACGCCUGGACAACAGCCUUUGCCAACCGUCUAAACACCAUCCGAAACGACCAGGAACUCAAGACACUGCGCAAGAUUGGUGCUACUCAAGCAUUCUCUACCUUCACCUGGUCCACCACUCCGUUCUUAGUCUCCUGCUCAACUUUCGGCGUCUUCGUCUGGACGCAGAACCGUGCUCUGACAACCGACAUCGUCUUCCCUGCUCUCACGCUCUUCAACUUAUUAACUUUCCCUCUUGCUAUCCUCCCAAUGGUCAUUACGGCCAUUGUCGAGGCCAGCGUAGCCGUUGGCCGUAUCACUGGCUAUUUGACCGCCGAUGAGUUGCAGGAGGAUGCCGUUAUCCGCGAAGAUGCUGUUACCGAGAACGGCGACGAAUCGGUUCGUAUCCGCGACGCUAGCUUUACGUGGGACAGGAACGCUGAGCGUCGAGCCCUUCACGACAUCAACUUCACCGCGCACAAGGGAGAUCUCGCGUGUAUUGUCGGUCGCGUGGGUGCAGGCAAGUCAUCGCUUCUUCAAGCAGUGCUCGGUGAUCUGUGGAAGAUACACGGAGAAGUCGUGCUUCGUGGAAAGACCGCCUAUGUACCACAGUCGGCUUGGGUAAUGAACGCUUCGGUUCGUGAAAACAUUGUAUUUGGCCACCGAUGGGAUCCCCAAUUCUACGAGAAAACCGUCAACGCCUGUGCGUUACGAGACGACUUUGGAUCGCUUCCUGAUGGUGACCAGACCGAGGUUGGUGAACGAGGUAUUUCACUAUCAGGUGGUCAGAAGGCCCGUCUUACACUAGCUCGUGCCGUGUAUGCUCGCGCAGACAUCUACCUUCUCGAUGACUGCCUGUCAGCUGUUGACCAGCACGUCGGACGCCAUCUUAUCGACAACGUACUCGGACCCAAGGGUUUGCUUGCGGGGAAGACCAGGAUUCUGGCAACCAACUCUAUCCCGGUUUUGAUGGAAGCGGACAUGAUUCUACUACUGCGCGAGGGCAAGAUCCUGGAGAGAGGCAGCUAUGGACAACUAAUGGCCAUGAAAGGCGAGAUUGCUCAACUGAUCAAGACAUCUCAGAAUGAAGAUCAAGGAGAAGAUGACAGCACCCGCACAUCUGACAGCAUCAUGAGCGACGAAGAUUCUACUGUGUACGGCGGUAGUCCCGCUGGCGAAGACGACGAGGAAGACCAAGCUGAAGCCGAGGCUGCGCAGGAAGGUGGCGCGCAUCUCGCUCCCUUGAGGGUCGGAGGCGGUACGGCCCGCAAGUCGAGCUUCCACACGCUUCGCCGAGCUAGCACUGCAAGUUUCAAGGGACCUCGUGGCAAGCUGACCGAUGAGGAGGGUGGCGGGCUGAAGAGCAAGCAGACCAAGGAAUUUUCUGAGCAAGGCAAGGUUAAGUGGUCCGUCUAUGGCGAAUACGCAAAGACCAGCAAUCUUGCAGCUGUUGCCAUCUAUCUGAUGCUUCUUCUUGGAGCCCAGACAUCAUCAAUUGGCGCAAGCGUAUGGCUCAAGCAUUGGUCAGAGAUCAAUCAGCGUUUCGGUGGAAACCCUCAUGUGGGGAAAUACAUCGGCAUCUACUUCGCGUUUGGCGUAGGAUCUGCUGCCCUUGUCGUUGUGCAGACUUUGAUCCUCUGGAUUUUCUGCUCCAUCGAGGCUAGCCGAAAGCUACACGAGCGGAUGGCGUUUGCCAUCUUCCGCUCUCCAAUGAGCUUCUUUGAGACAACACCUGCAGGACGCAUACUCAACCGAUUCUCAAGUGACAUCUAUCGAGUCGAUGAAGUUCUAGCCCGAACGUUCAACAUGCUCUUCGUCAACUCCGCCCGAGCCGGGUUCACCCUUGUCGUUAUCUCGUGGUCGACCCCAGUCUUCGUUGCCUUCAUCCUGCCGCUCGGCGCGCUCUACCUUUACAUCCAGCGAUAUUACCUGCGCACAUCGCGCGAGCUCAAGCGUCUCGAUAGCGUUAGCCGUAGCCCGAUAUACGCCCACUUCCAGGAGAGUCUGAGCGGUAUGAGCACGAUUCGUGCAUACAACCAGCAGAAGCGAUUCGAGAUGGAGAAUGAGUGGCGUGUCGAUGCUAAUCUGCGUGCAUACUACCCUUCCAUUAGCGCUAACCGAUGGCUGGCUGUUCGUCUAGAAUUCCUUGGCUCAGUCAUCAUCUUGGCUGCUGCUGGUCUCGCUAUCAUUUCCGUCGCUAGCCACAGCGGUCUAACGGCGGGUACCGUGGGUCUAGCCAUGUCGUAUGCGCUCCAGAUCACGCAGAGCCUCAACUGGAUCGUUCGUCAAACUGUUGAAGUGGAGACCAACAUCGUUUCUGUUGAACGUGUGCUUGAGUAUGCCGCGCUACCCAGCGAGGCACCUGAGAUCAUCUCCAAGAACAGGCCACCAAUCAGCUGGCCGUCUCAGGGCGCUGUCGCCUUUAACAACUACAGCACUCGGUAUCGGCCUGGUCUUGACUUGGUGUUGAAAAAUAUCAAUCUAUCUAUCAAGCCAAAGGAGAAGAUUGGUGUCGUAGGUCGCACUGGUGCUGGUAAAAGUUCACUUACCCUGGCACUAUUCCGCAUCAUCGAGCCCGCAGAGGGUAACGUAAGCAUCGACAACCUGAACACCAGCACCAUAGGCCUCCUCGACCUCCGCAGACGUCUAGCCAUCAUCCCACAAGAUGCAGCUCUCUUCGAAGGCACCGUGCGUGACAACCUCGACCCAGGACACGUACACGAUGAUACCGAACUCUGGAGUGUACUAGACCACGCACGCCUCAAGGACCACAUCUCCUCCAUGCCCGGCAAACUCGACGCCACCAUCAAUGAAGGCGGUUCCAACCUCUCCUCCGGCCAACGCCAACUUGUUUCCCUCGCCCGCGCCCUCCUCACCCCCUCCAACAUCCUCGUCCUCGACGAAGCCACCGCCGCCGUCGACGUCGAAACAGACGCCAUGCUUCAAACUACACUCCGCACUAGCAUGUUCAACAACAGGACGAUCAUCACUAUUGCGCAUCGUAUUAACACGAUUUUGGACAGUGAUCGCAUUAUUGUGUUGGACAAGGGCGAGGUCAAGGAAUUCGAUAGUCCAGCUGAGCUCGUAAGGAGGAAGGGACUGUUUUAUGAGUUGGUCAAGGAGGCAGGGUUGUUGGGAGCGUUGGACAUGAGUCAAUCGAGCGGUUGA